AGAAAGUUAUUAAAAAGAAAAGCCCACGAGCAGGACGAGCCCGAGCAUUCAGAGGGUACAAUGGAUCUGGACGAGUCGCACGUGGCGAACAACCAUCCUAAUUCUGUUUCAUACGAGCUAGCAACCCAUGUUGUCAAAGUACGGCGCAGUGGUGCGCUGACCAAUGUCAGUCAACUCUGGGACAUGACUGGUACGGGCGCCUUGGCAAAGUCAGUUCAAGAUCUGAUGGUACACGAUCGAUCAAAAUUCACCCGCAUGUCAUCCGUGAAUUCUUUUAAUGAGGUAUAAGAGGUGUCACAGUGGGGUAGCCCUGGUCAAACAAGGGUCACAAUGGGGUAGCCCUGGUCAAACAAGGAUGAGAGUUCCAACUAUCACUCAUGUUUCACAGCCAACUGUCAUCGACUCCAACUUUAAAUUUUGGUGAGAGUUGAUGAGAGUUUUUACUCGUUUGACUGCUAAUAUCCAGUCAACGCUCAUCAACUUUCGUGCAAUUCUUAUUCUUGUUUAACCGGGGCUGAGGGGCUUCAAAGUUGAGCAAACUCUCAUGCAAACUCUCGCUUCUCAACUCUCAUCAACUCUUGUUUUCGUUUGACCGGGGCAUGAGAGUUGAGAAAACUCUCAUGCAAACUCUCGCUUCUCAACUCUCAUGCAACUCUUGUUCUCGUUUGACGGGGCUUUAUGUAUUUUUCACCUUUGUGGUUAGCUUUGUAUCCAUAGAGUUACCAAACUGUUACUAGACCCAUAAGGGAUGGCAUUUUCUAGACGUCUAGGGAGAACAGUUUUAACUGUUUAAAAACACUAUGCAGUAAUGCAAUAUAAAUAAAAUUAGUUUAUCUAUCCAGCGUACUCAGUCAUGUUCCAUUAUUCUCAGAAAUCAAUCCCAAACGAGAUGCUGUUUGGUUUACGUUAUUUCGAGCGUCCUAUCAACAAUUCUCCAGGCGGAAAUUCCUCCAAAGAAGCUUUCAGUUGGGGCGAAGUGGAUAUGAACUCUUUUGCCAAAUGUAUUCUUUCUACAUGUCAUUCUUUGCGGGAGAUUUUGACAAACGAACCGAGACUACUUAAGAUCGAUUCGCCGACAUAUAUUCUUGGUGAGCAGUAUGUAUUUUUUUUAUUUCUGUUCUGGACAACGUGGUAAUCACCAUAACAAUCACCAACAUCAUCACCAACAUCAUCACCAACAUCAUCACCAACAUCAUCAUCACCAUCAUCAUCAUCACCACCAACAUCAUCACCAACAUCAUCACCAACAUCAUCACCAACAUCAUCACCAACAUCAUCACCAACAUCAUCACCAUCAUCACCAUCACUAUCAUCAUCACCACCAACAUCACCAACAUCAUCACCAACAUCAUCACCAACAUCAUCACCAUCAUCACUACCAUCAUCACUACCACCAUCAACACCAUCAUCAACACCAUCAUCAUCAGUACCACCAGCACCAUCAAUAACUCUAACUGUAUAUUACCUAGGUGACAUUCACGGCAAUUUUCACGACUUGGUAUGUUUUGAGAAAGUGCUGUGGAGAAUGGGUCCAAUUUUAACACCAUCCAGUUUCCUGUUCCUUGGUGAUUACGUUGACCGUGGGGAGCAUGGAAUCGAGGUCGGUGUGACUGAAAACUAAACUAACUUUAUUUAUAGCUCUCACUGUCAGUUCUAAAUUGUUCUCCCUAGAGGUCCUGUUGUGAGGGUCAUCUCUUACUGAUCCAGUGUUACUACAGGAGGAAACCUAAACUAAAUUAACUUUAUUUAUACCGGAUAGUUCUAUCAGUUCUAAACUGUUCUUCCUAGAGGUCCUGUAAGGGUCAUCUCUUAUUGAUCCAGUGUUACUACAUGAGGAAACCUAAACUAUAAACUAACUUUAUUUAUACUGGAUAGUUCUAUCAGUUCUAAACUGUUCUUCCUAGAGGUCCAGUAAGGGUUAUCUCUUAUUGAUCCAGUGUUACUACAGAAGGAAACCUAAACUAAACUAACUUUAUUUAUACUGGAUAGCUUUAUCAGUUCUAACCUGUUCUCCCUAGAGGUCCAAUAAGGAUCAUCUCUUAUUGAUCCAGUGUUACUACAGGAAGAAACCUAAACUAAACUAACUUUAUUUAUACUGGAUAGCUCUAUCAGUUCUAAACAGUUCUCCUUAAAGUUAAAUACCAGAAGAAAACCUGCGGUAUUUGGUAUCUAGUCAAACUGAUGAAGAUUGCGAUGCUACUGUAUGUGUUUUAUCGUCUAGGUUGUUGCCUAUCUCUUUGCUCAGAAACUGUUGGCUCCUACCAAAUUUUUUCUGAUACGUGGCAACCAUGAGAUUCGAGAAACUCAGAAGCUGUUUACGUUUUACAAGUAAGAAACUGAGCCAAAUGGAUUUUCUCCCUUGCCUGUGAAACACUAUUGUACUGUCCAGAGAGACAGCCAUCAGACAGGAGAGAGUUAAGUUUAGGAUUGUUUCCCUUCAGAGAAUGUAAGAAGAAAUUCGGUAAAGAGCUUGGUGUCCAAGUAUGGGAAGCAAUCAACUUGGUUUUUGACGCAUUACCUUUGGCCGCCUGUAUAGAUGACAAGGUAACGUCGGGUUUUACUGUAAUAUAAGAGAGGUUCAGAAUUGACUAUCGCUAUCUCGCUCAGUACGCGUCUCGGAUUGGUUAACGGCGUAGAUCAAACACAUCUGAUCGGUCAAAUCUGAACCUCUCUUUAAAUACGAGUAGAAACACAUUUUCCGAUUGGCACUUAAGGAGGCCUUGUGGGAUGUUCGCAUCACGGCAUCAGAUCCUGUACAAAUUGAGCAAAUUCUUACAAUUUGAAGUUAUCGAAUUUUUAUCUUUUGAACUCUUUUCAGAUCUUCUGUGUCCACGGGGGUAUACCCCUCCCUACGCAUGGUGGAGGCAUGAUUGCUGAAAUCAAUCAACUUCCUGUGGGCCUGCGCCAGCCGAUGGAUGAAGAGCUUGCGUGGGAAUUACUCUGGAAUGAUCCGCUUAGGUUUGUAUUGAAGCUGUAUAGGAGUGUUGAUUUUGGUUUAGGUUUCAUCCUGUAGUAACACUGGAUCAAUAAGAUCUAGAGAUUAUAAGAGAUGGACCUCCGGCAACCCUCGAAAUUCGUCUUGGCACUCGGCAAUUGCCGACGCAAAUGCCGAGGCAAGUUACGAUUUUUCGCAGUUUGCCUCGGCAAAAAAAUGCCGAGGCAAUUCCACCCGUUGUACCUUAAAUUACAAACUACAGCGUCUGUUCGUGUUUUUUUUUUUUUUUUGCUUAAAUAUACAAACUACUGUGUUCGUUUUUUGUAUCACUUCUUUGUUCGAAUUGCCGUCAUCGAAGUCGGGUGAACAACAGAAGAUUUCAUUCAUAGCUACUUUACAAAAUAUUUAAAUUUGAGCUUUUCAGCGUCGGCUUCGGCUUAAAUAAAAAACAAUUUUGAUGGUUUAAAGACGGCACGUCGAGAAACUUUGUUUUAUCUUUUAGACUGUCGCGUGAUUACCGUCAAGUUUAUUCUUUCAUACAAUUUGUUGUUAAUUACCACUGACUUUUUAAAAACAUUUUGAAUCAGGAAUUUGUAAAAUAACAAUAUAAUAUUUGUUUACAAUAAUUUCCGUAUGUAUGUUACUUUAAUUACAACUGCCGAGGUGAAUGCCGAAGUAAUUGCCGAAGGAAUUUAAGGUGAUUUCAUUGCGCGCCUCGGCAAAAAAAAUUGCCGAGGCAAACUCGAAAAUUAUCGAAAGACUUAGGCAAUUAUUUGCCGAGGCAAAAAUAGUUGAAUUUCGAGGGUUGCUCCGGAGAGAACAGUUUAGAACUGAUAGAGGUGUUUUCUGUAACUGAGUUGAUUCAGUUGCAUGAUGUACAGUAUCAUUAUUAAUACAGAUGCGAAGAGCUUACUGAUGAAAUUAAAGCUGAGCUGCUCAAAAACAAUGGCUUCGUAACGAAUACAAAACGUGGCACGGCGUACCAAUUUAGGUAAUUUUAUUACGAGACAUCGUAUGUCUAGGGAAUCCUGUAUUAAAAUUUCGAUUAUGUUCUUGAAGUGUUGAAGCUCUCGACGCAUUCUUGGCAAGAAACAGUUUGACCCACGUAAUCCGAGCACAUGAAGUGCAAGCAGCAGGAUUUCAGGUUUGUCCUUUGUAGAUAAUGAGUCAUGAUGGGUGAUGAUGGUGAUGAUGAUGGUGGUGAUGACAGUGGCGGAAACUAGGGGGAGGCAGGGGGCGAUCGCCCGCCCCCCCCCCCAAUAAUUUUAGCUAGCUUUCAUUUUGACAAAUGUAACAUGGGGGCCACGCCUAUACCUGGCCAAUAAGGAGCUCCCGUAGCCGGAUGACGUCAAAAAUCACGCGUAUAGGUGCACUCAGUUUACCUUUAGAAUCGAUCUCUGCCAUUUCCAGAGUCAUACGAUAGAAACAUCGUAUUGUUUUGACGUUUUGAAAUUGGCUCACAUUCGGACCAGAAAUGGAAAUACCGUGAUAAAGAUGCAAAUUUGAAGAUAUAUAUAUAUAUCGAAAAUGACACUCUAAAUAGUGUUUUUGAUAGCGAUUCGAACAAGACUAUUACAAAGAAGAUACGUCCGAAGGGGCUGAAGUUACGUUCGGGGAAAGGUAUGGCUAGCUUUGUGAGGAAUUAGUUGAUAUAAAAUGCACCAUUAAAUUAAUGUUUUGAAAACCUGAAAUUUCUUACAAAACGUGCUCUCAGAAUGCUGCAAAUGCCAUUUCAGGGAUCCAAAUCUUUAAAAUUUUCAGGGGGAGCAUUCCCCCAUACUCCCCCAGAAAUUUUGUGUCUUCGGCACUCGCCUCCCCAAUAUUUCGCAAAGUUUCCGCCUGGUGAUGAUGUUGAUGAUGGUGACAUGAUGAUGGCGGUGGUGAUAAUGAUGAUAGUGGUGAUGAUUUUUGGUACUCGAUAUAGACAGCAUCCUAAUGGCUCAAAUAACAAUAUCUUGGUUUCUCGUUCAGGUCCAACAGAAUGGUAAGCUUCUGACAGUGUUUUCUUCCUCUCAUUACUGUGGUGGAGCAAAUGAAGCGGCGUGUAUCUUGGCGCAUCAGAACAAACUACGUACCAUCCGCUUGGAUACAUCUUAAUCAGUGGAGGACGAAGGAAGUAAACCUAUCAAUGAUCCAUUCAGGUAGCCAAGUCGUAGCUCGAUGUCAUAAACAUCACUUCGAAGUAGCAUUCGUUCAAAUGUGAACAUCGCUCGAAAUGAAAGCAACUGUACAUCCGAUAAUCCGUUGCGUUCAGUUACUCCACUAUUCGUUGCGAGUGGGAGAGAAAUUGUAUAUGAUUCGUUGAGUUUUGUCAACACCGUCUCUGAGCCGAUACUCCUAACACUGCGGAAAAUGUGGUUCAGACUGUUCCACUAUAGAGUAUCGCCUCAAAAAGUUUAAUGGUAGUUCCUGCGGAGACAGCGUUUGAAACUCCAAGAAACUGCCACUUAAUACGUACAUUGCGUUUGGUUGUUGCUGUCAUUCGUUGCAGGGGCAUAGUCAGCCCCAAACGAGGGUCGGGGGAUAAUCGUCCGGCCAGCUGGGGGCAUACUCCCCCGGAAAGAUUUUUUUCUAUUUUUGUUUGCAAAACGCUAUUUCAUACAUUUUAGACACGUUUUAUCUGAUAAUCUGAAAGCCAUAGAUUUGGUAUAUUUGAUGAAAACAUUUAAGAUGAUGUCCACUCCUGUGCACAUGCGCGAACUUUGUUUACGUUUUGAACUGCUAAAUUUGUAAAAUAUGAUAUACUAACUGAAUAUCUAACACUUUUCUGGUUCGCUAUACUUGUAAAUGAAUAUAAACUAUACGUUUCAAUUCAAAAAAGUUUGAAAAAUGCAAAAUUUGGGCAAUGUUUAUAUCUGGGGGUCCCCCUUUGUUAUGAGCAGAACUGGUGCGCAGAACGGAGUGGACAUCAUCUUUAAGAGGUUACGCCCCCUCCCCCCCCAAUUUCUCCUCAAUUUUGAAAUAAUUACAAAAUUGGUCCUGAAGAAAAGUGGGGGAGGGAGUCCGUAGCCCCCCCCCCCCCAUUCCCGCCGUGGCUGCGCCCCUGAUUCGUGGCAAGAUUAGUGCUGGCCAUUACAAUUUCGUAUGGGUGUCAUUCAUGGCCGCAAGCCAGAGCAACAGCGCACGUUUCGUUGUGUUUUUUUUUUCAAUAUCUCUUAUCCGGUAUUCCUAAUGCCGGGGAUUAUCCACAGAAUGAUAAGCUCCGACUCUAAUACAUGUUUAUAGUCCCAAUCAUAAUCUGAUCAUGUCACUGAUAUUGUAUAAUAUAGUAUAUACGACUGUUUUGUAACGUUCGUUACAUUUCCGUAAGGCCAGCGAGCUUCAUAUUCACUUAUGUUGGUUUAUACUGUCAUACUUAAUUUCCCCGCAGAAAAAGAUGAGUCUGAGUUCUCUGUCCAGAAAAUAUAAGCCAAUAAAAAAUUUCAUGUCAGGCAGUCACGAAAUAUGAUUGGUUAGGGGGAUAGGGAUUGGAUUAGGUUUCGUGAUUGCGUGUCAUGAAAAAAUUACCCUAUUAAGGGUAAUUGGUGAACGCGCGCGGGGAAACGGGUCUGUGAAAAUCAGUGAGCUAGCAGCUCCUCAAAACUCGUAUUGCGAUUCAUGACAUUUAUAUAUUGGAUUAAUUCUCUAUAUACUGUUCACAAGCUAGGGUCGCCAGAGAACAGUGUGAAAUUAGGCGAAUAAAAAUGUAUUUGAUUGACGUCACCACCUAAAUAAAAACAGAAGAUGUUCUUUCAUAUCUCGU